AUGAAUAUGCCGGCUCUUGCCUGCUGCACUGUAGUGCUGAGCCUUAUGAUCUUCCUGCCGUUGAGUGUGUCCGACGACCAGCUUGUCCCUGGCAAGGCGCUCGUACCUGGCGCCACAAUCGUCUCCCACGGUGGUGCCUUUGCUUUGGGUUUCUUCAACCCUUCCAACUCCACGCCGGACAGAUUGUACCUGGGCAUAUGGUACAACGACAUCCCGCAACUUACGGUGGUGUGGGUGGCCAACCGAGAAACCCCAGCAAGCAGCAGCGCUGCGCCGAUGCUCUCCUUCACCAACACCUCCGAUCUUGUUGUGUCGGAUGGCGGUGGCCGUGUACUAUGGAGGACAACAACCACGGUGAACUCCACCUCGAGCUCUUCUUCCUCCACAGCGGUACUCCUGAACACAGGCAACCUGGUCAUCCGGUUGUCGAGCGGCACCACGCUGUGGCAGAGCUUCGACCACCACACGGACACGUUCCUCCCUGGCAUGAAGCUCCGGCUGAAGCACAACAUGCCCGGCACCAGCGGUAACGACGAGCGUCUCAUAUCCUGGAAGGGCCCAGACGACCCUUCUCUGGGGCGCUUCUCCUACGGCGCCGACCCGGCCACGGUUCUCCAGCUAUUACUUCGGGAUGGCGAUCAGCUGGUGGCCCGCAGCGCCGCAUGGACGGGGUACCCGGUGAGGAGCGACUACCUGGCGGUGAACACCAGCACCGAGCUCAUCCUCUACCAAACCAUCAUCGACAACGACGAGGAGACGUACAUCACCUACAGCGUCUCGGACGGAGCGCCACGCACCAGGUACGUUCUGACCUACUAUGGCGAGGCCCAAAUCCAGGUGUGGAGCGACAAGUCCUCGGAGUGGGCAGUGGUGGAGAAGUGGCCGUCUCUCAAAUGCAACCUCUACGGUUACUGUGGUCCAUACGGCUACUGCGACGAGACGGCCCCCGUCCCGACGUGCAAGUGCUUGGACGGGUUCGAGCCGGCGAGCGUAGAAGAGUGGAGGGCUGGUAGGUUCUCGGCGGGGUGCCGACGGAAGGUGCUACUCCGAGGGUGUGGCGACGGCUUCUUGGCCUUGCCAGGGAUGAAGACCCCCGACAAAUUCGUGCUCGUCCGUGCAGGCAUAAGUACACCCGAGGACUGCACGGCGGUGUGCAGCCACGACUGCUCCUGCGUGGCAUAUGCGUACACCAACCUCAGCAGCAGCAACAAUAGCAGCAGCUCUGGAGGAGAAGUGACAAAAUGCUUGGUUUGGACCGGGGAGUUGCUUGACACCGGAAAGUUUACCGUGGGGCCUGCGUAUGCCACUGACAGGCUCUACCUCCGACUUGCAGGCCUGGCUGCAGCCGAUGGUAAAAAGGCAGGGAGUAAUGCAGUGAGGAUUGUACUGCCACUUCUAGGAAGCGUUGUUCUGGUAGUCAUAUGCGUUUCCCUCGCAUGGAUAAAAUUCAAAGGAAAGAACAAAAGAUGGAGAAAACAUAAAAAUGCAAUAAUAGAUGGGCCGAGUACCUCUUACGAACUCGGGGAAGGAAACACUCCCAACGAUCAUGAAUUGCCAUUUGCAAGAUUUGAGGAAAUUGCCCAAGGAACACAAAAUUUCUCUGAAACAUUUAAGAUUGGACAGGGGGGCUUUGGAAAAGUUUAUAAGGUAAUGUUAGGUGGUCAAGAAGUUGCUAUCAAGAGACUAAGUAAGGAUUCUAAACAAGGAACAAGGGAAUUCAAGAAUGAAGUGAUACUGAUUGCAAAAUUACAACAUCGAAACUUGGUUCGACUUCUUGGAUGUUGUUGUGAGGGAGAUGAAAAGUUGUUGAUUUAUGAGUAUCUGCCUAACAAUAGCUUAGAUGCUACACUUUUUGAUGAUUCAAGAAAACUGUUGUUGGAUUGGGCAACACGGUUUAAUAUAAUCAGAGGGGUGGCAAGGGGACUUCUGUACCUCCACCAAGAUUCAAGAUUGACUGUAAUUCACAGAGAUCUCAAAGCUGGAAACAUUUUGCUAGAUGCGGAGAUGAAACCCAAGAUUGCAGAUUUUGGUAUGGCAAAGAUCUUCGGUGAUAACCAACAAACUGCAAAUACCCAACGCAUAGUUGGAACAUAUGGCUACAUGGCUCCUGAGUAUGCAAUGGAAGGUAUCUUCUCUACCAAGUCAGAUGUCUAUAGCUUUGGCGUUUUAUUACUAGAAGUUGUAACUGGUAUAAGGAGAAGCUCUAAUAGCCAAACCAUGGGCUUCCCUAGCCUCACAGUCUAUGCAUGGAGCAUGUGGAAGGAGGAGAAGACUAAAGAAUUGCCAGACUCAUCUAUCAUGUGUACUUGUUCCCUAGAUGAAGUUUUGCUUUGCACCCAUGUUGCACUCUUGUGUGUCCAGGAGAAUCCAGAUGAUAGGCCGGCCAUGGCAUCUGUUUUGUUCAUCCUAGAGAAUGGAAGUACUACACUCCCAUCCCCCAAGCGCCCUGCCUACUUCGUGCGACCAGGAGCUGAAAUGGAGGAAAUAAAAAAUUCAGCAAAUAGUUUCACACUUACUAAGUUGGUGGGGAGAUGA